UUCAAGAGAUGAUGCUUCGAGUUAUGAAGAAGCUGCCUUUUAAUGGCCAUCGAUGGAUGAGCAACACCGUAAUGAGUUUCGGAGACGGUACCCAUGGUGCACUUGGCUUACCAACGUCCAUCACCGGCAUCGAUCCCCACGCCUAUGAACCAACUCCAAUCUCCGCCUUACCUCCCGAUGUUUCCAGCAUUGCCGCCGGUCACCACCACUCUCUCGCUGUAACUUCUCAAGGCCACCUCUGGUCUUGGGGCCGUAAUGUUGAAUCCCAACUUGGACGUGGCCUUCAUUCCCCUAGAGAAACAUGGUUCGAACCACGAAGAAUAGAUGGGUUGAUUGGUGUUCAAUCUGCAUUUGCAUCAGGUGCUGUUUCUGCAGCCAUUGGGGUUGAUGGGGCCUUAUGGGUUUGGGGGAAAUCGAAUCGUGGUCAAUUGGGUCUUGGAGAAGGGAUCACAGAGGCUGUUCUUCCUUCCAGGAUAAAAGUUCUUGCUAAAGAAGAAAUAAUUAAGGUUUCAUUUGGACGGGGACAUGCUCUUGCACUUGCUAAAAAUGGAAAGUUGUUUGGUUGGGGUUAUUCAGCAGAUGGUAGAUUAGGAAAGAGAGGAGUUGGGGGGGCUUCACCACACAAUUCAAGGGCUAAUUUGUCUUCAAGUUUUGACCUUGAAGCUGCUGAGAAAGUAGUCUUGGAAACCAUGGAUAAGGAGAAGGAUAUGCCUAUAAUCUGGGAGCCAUGUUUGAUUGAUGAGCUAGAAGGUGUUGAAGUUGCCGACAUCUCAUGUGGGUUUGACCACGCCUUGGUUCUUCUACGUGAUGGAACCUUACUCAGUGGUGGAAACAAUUUAUAUGGGCAAUUGGGUAGAUCAACUCAAGAUUUGGAAUUGCUUCCAGUUGACAUAAGUGCUCACGCUGUUUCUAUUGCUUCAGGGCUAGGCCAUUCUUUGGCAAUAUGCCAGAUCCCAUCUGCAGAUGGUGGUAGAGGCAUCUCCGGCAUCUUUUCAUGGGGUUGGAGUCGGGAUUCUCAGCUCGGGAGGGAAGGUCCAGCAAACAUCCCACUCCUGGUGGAUGGACUUUUAGGAGAAAAUCUGUUAUCAGUAUCAGGCGGGCGUGUCCACUCUAUUGCUCUCACUUCCGAUGGAGAGGUCUUUGCUUGGGGGUGUGGCAGAAAUGGGAGGCUCGGUUUGGGCAGUUCUAUGGACGAACCCGAACCCAUGUUGGUUGAGCUUUCAGAAGGUACUAAAGCUUUGCAAGCUGUCUCAGGCUUCGAUCAUAAUCUGGUCCUGACUGGCUAACUAUAUAGUUAUGCUAAUAUAGUUUCUUUCAAGAUUCUUUCUUUAUUAAUUGCUUUAUUUGUCAAGAACACGCAUUUGUGUAUAUGAGUGACCAAGAUGUCUAAACUAU